GCCAAUCACACGCCGCCGUUGCCAACGCCUUGUGCCGCCAAUUCCGCCCGUUUUUACCCUGUGGGCAGUUGGACGGCAAUUUGACUCUGCCAUUCUCUAGUCGAUCGAUGUAUCCGCUGCCGUCCCAGCAUGGCCAUGUGCGGGAGUCAUCCACGAGCCUGCCCAAUGCCAACAACAUAUCGACUCGCACUCGCUUUCAACUCGAUGUGGUGUUGGAACACGUCUUGCUGUCGCACAAGGUAGCGCUCACAGACAAACAACUGCGCAUCAUUGUCCAACGAGACAACAAGCGGAUUCAAUCGGAUGCGUCCAGCUGGAGGAACGAACGGGCCGAUUUUCAGCAAGUUGUCGGGCUCCAAUCGACUUUGACGUUGCUGCGGACCCAGCAACUAGCGCAGCCACACCAGCCUUUGUACGAGCCCAAAGUGUACAAGUUUCUCAUUCAAGCGCUGCCUUCGCAAUCCCAAGUCGCGUCGUUUGAGCUGGACAUUACGCACUUUGUAAACCAGAACGCUUCGGUUAAGUUGACUCCAAUCACCGGGUUGGACGCCAAUGCCUCUCUGACUCUGUCUGUGCGUUGCCACCCUAUGAACCCUAAACCAGAGCCCCUGGCUGCUUCGUCCACUACCAACCCUGGCCAACGAAGCAGUUCGAUUCAAAUGACCAGCAACAACCAGACCACCCCGGGCACUCGAUCCUCGUCCAACGCUAGCUACACGGGCGGCAAUUCCUCUUCUAAGCGCGAUCAUUCCCGAGGAGGUCCAUCAAGCGUCCAUACGCGGAGUUCUGGGCCCGUGCGGUCCAGUAACCUCACCGACACAUCGUCGUUAUUCCAGGGCGGCCAACCCCUCGAUUCGGCCAGCGAAUACGCCGAAGACCUCGUGCACGUGAACCAAGUUCUAGUGAAAAGACUCGCGGAACUCGAAUCACAAGUGAAACAGCGCGACGAUGCUGUGACUGCCACCAACAACUCGAUGGAGCUACUCCGUCGUGAACUGGACGAGCUGCGGCUGCGCGAGGCGGGCGAGACCACGCGGGGACUGCAGCUCAAGGCGUGGAACCUGGCAUUGCUUCAGGAGUUUGAAAUGCUCCAGUUACAACAACACCAAAUUCGAGCUGGCGCGCCCCCCACGCUUGUGGAUGUCGACUUAUUGCAGCGCCUCCAAGCGUUAACUGCCGAAGUGUCGUAUCCGUCGGAAAACGACGAGCCAGAGCCCGAAAUCGGCGGCGGGAGCGACGGCAUCGAGACGAGCUCAGACGACGAAGACUCGAAUUUCAAUUAUGACCCGACGGCCCAGAGCGACGACGAAAUCGGUGGAUUUAUCUCGACUGACGUGGUGGCUUCUGCUGCGGCCACCAAAGCACUCGUGGAAGACCUCCAACAGCUCUUGGCGCGCAACCAACGACUCGUUCAAGACACGAAGCUGCUGAUUUAUGCGGCCAGCGACGCGCCAUUGGCUCCAGACUUGGCCCCCCCGGAUUUGUCGGCCAAUAUUGACAUCCACAGCCAACGCCAACGCACCCAGGAGCUCGAGGCGCAGAACAAAUUGCUGCAAGCGAUGACCGCCCAUCAUUUGAACGAGCGGACGACGUUUGACGCCCGACAGCGCGAACGCAUUGAGAUGGCUGAAAUGGCCACGGAAGAAGCCAGAAUGUGGCAAGUCCGGCACGACCUAGUCUCGCGUCGGCCGCCACUUCCAGCAACUCCACCAACGGUGGUGUCGCCAGUACUGGUUACUCCACUUGCAGUGCAGCCUGCUACGGUUGUACCCCCCGCUGUAGCUGCUGCCGAGGAAGCCCCCCCGACGCCAGUGUCGGAAAUAUCAAAGCGGCGGUCGGCUGGGGCCUCGAAUGAGCUCGCCAAGCACGUUCAAAUGCUCAAACAAGAAAACCUCGCGUUAAAAUUCAAGAAUACAACGUUGGAAAGCUAUCAAGAAAAGUACGAAGAAUGUGAAAAGGCCCGCAAACGACUCGAAGUGCGUCUCAUGGCGCAGACCGACGGAGCCGACCGCACCCGCGAAGUGUUCUCGCGCAUUCCCAAGGUCGACGACGACGAUGACAUCUCCCAGAUCACGCUGCAGUGCGCCGCCGAGUUGGACAUGCAGCUGAAUGUGCUCAAGGAACUGAGUCGGACGCAAACCAUGCGCAUUGAAACCAUGAACGACGAACAUGCCAAGCUGCGGCUCGACUUUGCCCAGCACAUUCACGUGAUGAAGACGCGCGUGGUGCAACUGGAAGCGUCGAUGAAUCGACAACACGAACGAAUAGCAUCCAACUAAGAUUCGAGUAAUUUAGAGUAUAUUGGGAUCCA